AUGCCCAUGGCACAUCUCGACUACGACAUGCUCGAAGGCGUCUCUCAGUGCUCAACCAAUGGCACUCCUCUCACUACCUUCGAUACCGAAGGCAUAGACGAAGACGGCAUGGCGUCCUUCUGUCCUAAAUACGACCCCUUCAGAGUCCGACCUCAUGUUGCAUUCCUUCACCAAGGUCCCGGUCCUCGCGCGUGUCAAUGGACUCUUCAUCUGCAAUGUGCCGAUAGAGAUUGCGCGCCUGACGAUGAUCGAGAAGCUCUGCAAGGUCAUGGUGCAUCACAUGUCUCCAAAGGCAACCUGGUCAUCCUUAUACCCCAGGCAGCCUCUGAGCAGGCGCCUUUGUUGCCCCUCAGUGCUACCGAGAUUGCCAACGAGUUCGUGGUGAUCAGGGUCUCCCACGCCGAUCAGCCCAACACCAUGAACCAGAUCCCCAAGAAGCUGCUCACAGUUCGCCGCGACAUGAGGCUCGCGGCGCUGAAGUGGCUUCAGGAGCACAAUCCCCUCUAUCGCGAUGUCGGUAUCGACCACAAGGCCUUGCAGACAUAUCCUGUGAACGGACCUUUGCCUGUGCCCACCUUCGACAACAUCGCCUCCGCAUCUACGGCUGCCGUGGGCAGCUCGUACUUUACGUCCCUGCCGCCGCCGCCGAUGUCGAGAGUGUUGCAUCUUCCCAUCGCGCUUCCUCUUCACCUACUCCCUCCCCUCCCUCUGCUGGUGCACCGGAGCCCGCUCCUCAUGUCGCCGAUGGUGCUCCGAUCUCUACUCUGGAUGUAUAAGGCUGCAUGGAUGCCAAUUGCCAACAGCAUGACCCAUGUUGCUGACAGUCGGAAGAUAUCUGCCUUCAUGAGCAUCAAGAAUGGGGAGAAGUUCUUGGUGUAUCCCUCGGGCUCAACCCCUAUGCGCGAGUGGGCUUCCUCUGACACUUUUGCAGCCUUGCUCCCAGACCUCUUUCCUUAUGGCUGUGGCGUGUUUGAGGACCCCCUCCGCCCAAGCCCAAAGAAGGUGUCUUUUGCUGCUCAUGUGAACACCUUCUCAGCUAAAUAUAUGGAGGGCCGCAUAAUUGUAAACGUUAUGACUUGA